AUGGCCUCCUCUCUACCUCUAGAACUCGUACUGAUCACGCACGGCCAGCUCGAAACCAUCCGCCUUCUCAACCAACUCUCUCAGCAAGACUUCGAGGCGCUCGAUGGCGUGGAAUGGGAUGGUAUAGAUGAUGAUGAGCUCGACGAAGCUCUCCUUCUUUCGGGCCUCUCCUUACACGAUCUAUUAAAGCAAUACAACACCACGUUUUUAAUUCAGAAACUCGUGUCGACUGGCCAUAAGGAGAGAGGCCCGUAUAACAUAGAUUUUCCGAAAAGCUUUGCCUAUUUUGAAGCAGCGCUGGGAUGGCCUCCAGAUCUUUUCCGACAUGAGAUAAGCAGGACGACCUUUGACAAGCUUGUAGAGGUUCUCGAGCGCAAUCCCAUAUUCCAAAGCCGAGGAAGAAAGCCUCAACGAGCCGUCCGCUACCAGCUUGCGACAUUUUUAUUGCGUUACGCUUCUCGAGGAUCCGACACGCUUUCGGUGGCCAAAAGGAUGGGGAUUGGUGUUGGCACCGUCUGGCUGUACUGUCGACGAGUAACACGUGCCCUCCGAGAGCUGGGGCUUGAGGUGAUAACCUGGGGAGAUGAGGACAGGCACCGCGAGACGGCAGAUCAUGUUUGCGAGCGUACAGGCUUUCCAGAUUGCAUUGGGAUGAUUGACUGCACAUUGAUACGCCUGACUGACGUCCCAUCGAUGUGGGGAGAGGUUUACUAUUGUCGCAAGAAGUAUCCAGCGGUUAAUGUCCAGGGCGUCUGCGACCACAAGCUUCGUUUCAUAUCAUUUGAAAUGGGGUGGCCGGGGUCAACGCCAGACGUUACGGUCCUUAAAAACUCGGACCUGUGGCGAAAUCGCACCAAGUACUUCACUGGUGAUCAAUAUCUUUUCGCCGAUCGUGGUUACCAGUCAUCGCCUUACCUCCUCAGACCGUUUACUGAGCCAGAGGUUGACGCAUUUGCAGGUCCAGAGCGCCGUCGUCGACUGGACUUCAACCGAACGUUAUCGGGCACACGAAUUUACAUUGAACACGCCUUUGGCUUACUCAAAGGCCGGUUUCACUCUCUAAAAGACCUUGGUCGACACCGUAAUGUCAACGAGAUAUACCAGGUCAUUCACGCACUCAUGGUAUUACACAACCUAUGCAUUGACUGGGAAGACUCACCUCACGAUUUUAUCGAUCCGGACGUCCUCGAAGAGAUGACGGAAGACGAAGGAGAACCAGUUGAAGUUAUUACAUUCGGGGAAGUACACUACGGAGAUGGGCAUAUUGCACCUUACGAGACAGAUGAGUGGCAUAAGGAGGAGGGAAGAAUGAAGAGGGACGAGAUGUUGAAUCGUCGGUUCCCUCUGAGUGCAUAUGUAUAG